UUUUCUUGCACUAACAACUUCCUCCCUCUCUCUCUCUCUCUUGAAUAUUUUCUUCUUCUUUAUGGCGUUUUCUAUUGCAAAAUCUUGUAAUGGAUCAUGGAGUGGAGCCCAUUUGAAACCAACGUAUUGUGAUUUGGGCUUUUCAUCAAAAUCCAUUUCAGUGAAAAAACACUCUACAAAAGGAAAGGCGACACUACAAUGCGCUGUACACGCUCCUUCAAUCUUUACAUUCCCUUCCGUCACACCAAUCGACCAGACGCCACCGCCGGCGCCGCAAUGGAACAUAAUCCAACGAGCGGCUGCCAAAGCGUUAGACACAGUGGAAAGCGCGUUAAUCUUACGCGACAGCCAACACGCGCUCCCGAAAACGGCCGACCCCGGCGUCCAGAUUUCCGGCAACUUCGCUCCGGUGCCGGAGCAGCCCGUGCGGCAUAAUCUCGACGUCGCCGGAAAAAUCCCCGACUGUAUUAACGGAGUUUAUGUUAGAAACGGUGCCAAUCCGUUGCACCAGCCCCUCGCCGGACACCACCUGUUCGACGGCGAUGGGAUGAUCCACUCCGUCACGUUCGGCGCCGGAAACUCCGUCAGCUACGCCUGCCGGUUCACGGAGACACAGAGGCUUGUCCAAGAGCGCCGGCUCGGCCGGCCGGUUUUCCCGAAAGCCAUCGGAGAACUCCACGGGCAUUCCGGCAUAGCCCGGCUGCUGCUGUUCUACGCCCGAGGACUUUUCCGAUUGGUCGAUCAUAGCCAAGGGACCGGAGUGGCGAACGCCGGACUGGUUUAUUUCAACCGGCGGCUGCUGGCAAUGUCUGAAGACGAUCUUCCUUAUCAUGUCCGAAUAAGUCCGGCGGGAGACCUGGAAACGAUCGGAAGGUACGAUUUUGGAGCUCAAUUGAAAAGCACGAUGAUCGCUCACCCAAAAAUCGAUCCGGUUUCGAAGGAGAUGUUUGCUUUAAGCUACGACGUCGUUCAGAAGCCAUAUCUUAGGUAUUUUAGAUUCUCGGCGGAGGGCGAGAAAUCGCCGGACGUUGAAAUUCCGGUGGAGGUUCCGACCAUGAUGCACGACUUCGCUAUCACGGAGAAUUUCGUUGUGAUCCCCGAUCAGCAAGUGGUGUUCAAGCUCCAGGAAAUGGUCGCCGGAGGAUCGCCGGUGAUUUACGACAAGGAGAAGAAAUCGAGAUUCGGAAUCCUUCCGAAGAACGCGACAAAUGGCGGAGACAUUGUCUGGAUCGAGUGCGCCGACACUUUUUGCUUCCACUUAUGGAACGCUUGGGAAGAAACGGACACCGACGAGGUGGUCGUGAUCGGCUCCUGCAUGACUCCGGCGGACUCAAUUUUCAACGAAAGCGACGAGACCUUGAAGAGCGUCCUGUCUGAAAUCCGGCUCAAUUUGAAAACCGGCGAGUCGAGACGGCGGCCGGUGAUCUCCGAGCCGAUCAAUUUGGAAGCCGGGAUGGUGAACCGGAACAGGCUCGGCCGGAAAACCCGGUUCGCGUAUCUUGCGAUCGCGGAGCCGUGGCCGAGGGUUUCGGGAUUCGCGAAAGUCGACCUGUCGACCGGAAAAGUGGAGAAGUUCAUUUACGGCGACCGGAGAUACGGCGGCGAACCGUUUUUCGUGCCGAGCGAAUCGGCGGAAGAUGAUGGGUACAUCAUUGCGUUUGUGCACGACGAGGAAUCGUGGAAAUCGGAGGUGCAGAUUGUGAAUGCCGGAAAUUUGGAGCUGGAAGCGACGGUGAAACUUCCGGCGAGAGUGCCGUAUGGAUUCCAUGGGACAUUCGUGAGCUCCGAGGAAUUGGAAAAUCAGGCAUCUCGAUCAUGACGAAUAUACAUAUAGAUAUAUGUAUGUAUAUAUAUCGUAGUAGAUUGGUUCGUCUGAGGGAUUUUGAAUCUAGGGCAUCGCCGUCGUCCCCGGCGUUCCUCUCCGAUCUUGAUUUUCUGUUGUUUUUUUUUUUUUUGAAUUAUUGCAUAUGAAUGGCAUUCUGUGUGUUUCUCUUUCAUGGUGGAGCCAAGCUUGAAGCUUUUUAGGCGUGUGUAGAUAUUUUAGUAAUGGAGCUCAGCUGGUUUCUGUUUGUAUUUUUGUUCGUGCCAUUGUAAUGGUUAGUUCGUGCUGUCCUAUUUUCUCGGAGACGAUGGAGUCUGGUGCUGGGGUCCCGGGACUGCUUGAUUCUCUCAUGAGGUGAAGGAAUAUGUUUUUUGGGGACUAAUUAAGCAUUGUUAUGCUGAAUUUAUUACUGCAGUUGGUGAUUAACGUUGCUGGUAAGAGAGUCAAAAUCUGCUUUCCAUUGAAAAAUAAAUAAAUAUGUAACAACUAUAAAUAAAUAAUGGAGUAGUAGUAAU